AUGACUGUGACCACUCCUUUGGUUAACGGUACAUCUUACUGUUUAAUUAAAGCUUACUCUCAAGAUUCAUACAAACAAGCCAUCGAAUUUUAUUCCAAAUUCUUAGCAUUAGAUGAUUGUUCCACAGAUAAUACCACUCAAACAACAACAUUAUCCAAUGGUUCCAUCUCAUUAAAGAUUAAAUUGGAAGAAGACAAAACUUUACAAUCCAAAACUGAAUCUCAAAUCCAAUUCUUAAAAUCAAUUAAAGAUACCAAAGAUUGGAGAUCUCACGUCGCAGAAUCCCUCGUAUUCAACACUUCAAACAUCAUGUUAAAUAAAGACACCUUAACCACUCUAAACGCUCCAACUCAAUCAUUCCCAAGUGAUCUAUUCCCAAUGCAAUUAUACACAAUAGAUCCAUUAGGUAACAUCAUCGGUGUCACUUCCACCAAAAACGCUGUAUCCACAAUGCCAACUGAACCACCUUCCACCAAAAAGGCUAAAUUCUCAACAUCAACAUUACCAUCAAAAGUUCAUUCAUUCACUGACUUAUCAUACCGUAUGCAAACUACAAAUAAUUACCCAUCAUUACCUGGUAAACAAAUUAUAGACCCAACAAAACCUAAAAAGGCAAUCGCUGUAAUGACUUCAGGUGGUGACGCUCAAGGUAUGAAUUCAAACGUUCGUGCCAUCGUAAGAUCUGCAAUCUUUAAAGGUUGUCGCGCUUUCGUAGUAAUGGAAGGUUACGAGGGGUUAGUUCGUGGUGGUCCGGAAUAUAUUAAAGAAUGUUCUUGGGAAGAUGUUCGUGGUUGGUCCACUGAAGGAGGGACUAAUAUUGGGACCGCAAGAUGUUUGGAAUUUAGACAACGUGAUGGUAGAUUGCUUGGUGCUCAACAUUUGAUUGAAGCUGGUGUGGAUGCUUUGAUCGUUUGUGGAGGGGAUGGAUCAUUGACUGGGGCAGAUUUGUUUAGAUCAGAAUGGCCUUCUUUGAUUAAAGAAUUGUUGGAAAAUGGAAGAAUUUCUAAAGAUCAAUUCCAAAAAUAUCAACAUUUGAAUAUUUGUGGGACUGUCGGGUCUAUUGAUAAUGAUAUGUCAACUACUGAUGCUACUAUUGGUGCUUACUCUGCCUUGGAUAGAAUUUGUAAAGCUAUUGAUUAUGUCGAAGCUACUGCUAAUUCUCAUUCUCGUGCAUUCGUCGUAGAAGUUAUGGGUAGAAAUUGUGGUUGGUUAGCUCUUUUAGCUGGUAUUGCUACUUCUGCUGAUUACAUUUUCAUUCCAGAAAAACCUGCUACUUCAAGUGAAUGGCAAGAUCAAAUGUGUGAUAUCGUCGCAAAACAUAGAUCUAAGGGUAAGAGAACAACAAUUGUUAUUGUUGCUGAAGGUGCCAUUUCCGCUGAUUUGACUCCAAUUUCUCCAGCUGAUGUUCAUAAAGUUCUUGUCGAUAGAUUAGGUUUAGAUACAAGAAUUACCACUUUAGGUCACGUUCAAAGAGGUGGUACUGCUGUCGCUUAUGAUCGUAUGUUGGCUACUUUACAAGGUGUCGAAGCUGUUAACGCUGUCUUGGAAUCUACUGCUGAUACCCCAUCUCCAUUAAUCGCCAUUAAUGAAAACAAGAUUGUUAGAAAACCAUUAGUUGAAUCUGUUAGAUUAACUAAAUCUGUCGCUGAAGCUAUUCAAGCUAAGGAUUUCAAAAAAGCUAUGGAUUUAAGAGAUACUGAAUUCGUCGAACAUUUAAAGAAUUUCAUGGCUAUUAACUCUGCUGAUCAUAAUGAACCAAAAUUACCAAAUGAUAAGAGAUUGAAAAUCGCUAUCGUUAACGUUGGUGCUCCAGCUGGUGGUAUUAACUCUGCCGUUUACUCAAUGGCUACUUACUGUAUGUCUCAAGGUCAUAAACCAUAUGCUAUUAACAACGGCUGGUCUGGUUUGGCUAGACAUGAAAGUGUUCGUUCUUUAGAGUGGAAAGAUAUGAUUGGAUGGCAAAGUCGUGGUGGUUCUGAAAUCGGUACUAACAGAGUCACUCCAGAACAAGCUGAUAUCGGUAUGAUUGCUUACUAUUUCCAAAAAUACCAAUUCGAUGGGUUAGUCAUUGUUGGUGGGUUUGAAGCUUUCGAAUCAUUACAUCAAUUAGAAAGAGCUAGAGAAAGUUAUCCAGCUUUCAGAAUCCCAAUGGUCUUAAUUCCAGCUACUUUAUCAAAUAAUGUCCCAGGUACUGAAUAUUCAUUAGGUUCUGAUACAGCUUUGAAUGCCUUAAUGGAAUACUGUGACGUUGUUAAGCAAUCUGCUUCUUCUACAAGAGGUAGAGCUUUCGUUGUCGACGUUCAAGGUGGUAACUCUGGUUAUUUAGCUACUUGUGCUGCUUUAGCUGUCGGUGCCCAAGCUUCUUACGUUCCAGAAGAAGGUAUCCCAUUAGAACAAUUACAACAAGAUAUUGAAACUUUAGCUGAAUCGUUCGAAUCUGCUAAGGGUAGAGGUAGAUUUGGUAAAUUAAUCUUAAAGAGUACAAAUGCUUCUAAGGCUUUAAGUGCUACUGAUCUAGCUAAGGUUAUGACUUCUGAAGCUAACGGUAGAUUUGAUGCUAAACCAGCUUAUCCAGGUCACGUUCAACAAGGUGGUUUACCAUCUCCAAUUGAUAGAACAAGAGCUACCAGAUUUGCUAUCAGAGCAGUUGAUUUCAUCGAAGAACAACAAGAAACUAUCGCUGCUGCCCGUGCUGCUGACGAUGAUUUCAAAUUGGAUGACAAGGUUGUCUCUGCUACUGCUACUGUCUUAGGUGUUAGACGUUCUCACAUCGUUUUCAACCCAAUCAGACAAUUGUAUGAUUUCGAAACUGAUGUGGAAGCAAGAAUGCCAAAGGUUAUUCACUGGCAAGCAACCAGAGAAAUUGCUGAUCACUUAGUUGGCAGAAAGAGAGUUGAUUAA